CCGCGUCCAACGCCCAGGCUCAGCGGCAGCUCCGCCCGGGAGUCGCACCAGCGCCCCAGAGUGGACCCUGAGCGCGGUCGGAAAAGCGUUAGCGCCCCGGGGCCACGACCCGGCUUGCUGGAAGGAAACUUGGGGACAUCUGUAAGGAGAGGAAUAGGAAGGACCCGAGGAGAAGCAGUAAAGGAGGGCGUUGUGGAUCCUUUGGAGCCAAGGACUGGAACUGACAUGCAAGACCUCUACCAACUGAGGGUUUCAUGAGCACACUCCUUUGCCAAGAUCUCCGUGAAUAGUCUUUCACUGUGCAGUUGUGUCUUAGACAUUGUUUUACUUGUUGUCAUGAUCGUGCUUGGCUGGAUGCUUUUUGUUGGGCUUGCAUGUUAUAUGGGCGCAUUUCCGGAGUUCAUGCCUCCAACUCUGAAGUGGAAAGAGAAGUGGCCUGUUCAGGAGAACAAGACGCGACUGAGGAGUUGGACUUUGGAUGAAGACCCACAGCUCUGAGAACCAUGUGGAAGGGAUAUAAGUAUCCCCCAGGAGGGACCCCGGUGGAAAUAAGCAAAGAUGAUCCUGGUGAAGUAAUGCAGCUCUGAAGCUCACCUGACCAGCUGUACAGUUCCUGUUGUUGGUUUCACAUAAAGUAAUUGCACAUUA